AUGACGACACAAAUCCCGAUGAUCUCGGUGCCGCUGAAGCAGACACAAGAAAUCGACUGGAUAGCCCCGCUGAAGCAGUAUAUAAGAGCGACGUAUGGUGACGAUCCAGAGCGUUACUCGGAAGAAUGCGCCACGUUAAACCGACUACGGCAGGAUAUGAGGGGUGCGGGUAAGGACAGUGCGGCGGGGAGGGAUCUGCUGUACAGAUACUAUGGACAGCUGGAACUACUCGACUUGAGAUUCCCGGUGGAUGAGAAUCAUAUCAAGAUUAGCUUCACAUGGUUCGAUGCCUUUACACACAAAGCCACGUCGCAAUACUCGCUCGCAUACGAGAAGGCAUCCAUCAUCUUCAAUAUCUCCGCCGUUCUCUCCUGCCACGCCGCGCACCAGAACCGCCACGAAGACGUCGGACUCAAGACAUCAUACCACUCCUUCCAGGCAUCCGCCGGCAUGUUCACAUACAUCAACGAGAACUUCCUACACGCACCCUCGACCGAUCUGAGUCGUGAGACUGUCAAGACUCUCAUAGCGAUUAUGCUGGCACAGGCGCAAGAAGUGUUUCUGGAGAAGCAGAUUGCAGAUGGCAAGAAGGUUGGAUUGCUGGCGAAACUGGCCAGCCAGGCAGCAUUCUUGUACACUCAAGCUACAGAAGGCGCGCAGGAGAAUGUCACAAAUGCCGUUUUUGAGAAAGUGUGGCUCUUGGUUUGCCAGAUUAAAUCGCACCACAUGGCUUCGUUAGCCCAGUACUAUCAGGCUCUUGCUGAUGACGACGCAAACUCACACGGAGUAGCCAUUUGCAGACUACAAGUCGCCGAAGCGCAUGCAAAAGACGCCAACCGAGCAGCUCACAGCUUCCCCAACAACGCGCCAGCCAACUCGAAUCUGACUUCCGAGACUGGGGGUAUUCUAUCGGACAUGACGAAAAAACAUCUGGCAAACGUGCAGGAAAAGCUGGCUGAACUUUCCAAAGAUAACGAUUUUAUCUACCAUCAGGGAAUCCCGAACGAAGCUGCGCUCACACAGGUACCGAAACUGCCGGCGGCCAAGGCGAUACCUGUUAGCGAAUUAUACCAAGGCCAGGACAUUCAGAGAAUAAUUGGGCCGGACAUCUUCCAGAAGAUUGUACCGCUUGCAGUCACUGAGUCGGCGAGUUUGUACGACGAAGAGAAGGCGAAACUGAUACGUGCAGAGAGUGAGCGGGUCGAAGUGGCCAACGAUGAAAUGGCCGCUAGUCUUGACUAUUUGAAACUACCCGACAGCCUUAACGUGCUACGUGGGGGCAUGGACCAAGAUAUGAUGGUCGACAGCGAUUUCCGAAAGUGGUGUGAGGAGCUUGCUGGACACCAAUCGUUUGGCCCCGCGUUUGAGCAGCUAGAAAGAGACAAGUCCGAGAUUAUCACCUCCCUCGAUUCGAGUAUGAAGCAGCUAGAUAUGGAGGAGAGUGUCUGUGAGAAGAUGAGGUCCAAAUACGGACCGGAAUGGACCCAGCAGCCUAGCUCACGGUUAACCUCUACACUCCGAAGCGACAUCCGAAACUACCGGGGAGCGGUCGAGGAAGCAAGUACUAGUGAUGCCCAGCUCUACAGCACCUUUCGACAAUGCGAAGCCGACUUUGACGAGAUGCGAUCAGCUGGCGAGACCGACGAAGCCGACGUAUUGUACUCAAGAGCCAUGGUCAAGGCGGGAGCGAGCAAAGGAAAGAGCCCCAGGCCGAUGGAGGGUAGCCUUAUUGAUGACGACAUUGACGAAGGCCCUUCUGUUACACACCAGAUUGGUGCUGUCGAGGAUAUCUUGCGGAAGUUGAACCUUGUUAAGAAGGAGAGGACGCAGAUACUCAAGGAUCUCAAAGACAAGGUUCACUCCGACGACAUUUCCAACGUUUUGAUUCUUAACAAGAAAGCCAUUGCAAACCAGGAAUCACAGUUGUUCAAGGCUGAGCUGGAGAAGUUCCGACCACACCAGAACCGCAUACUACAAGCCAACCACAAACAAUCGUCACUGCUCAAAGAGCUCACACGCACAUAUUCUGAUCUUCUCAAGGACAAGCGCGUACGAUCGGAGCAGAGCAAAUACGAAGCCUUUUCAAGACAGCGAAACACAGUCAUGACAAAAUACCGGAGGGUGUACCAUCUUUUCAAUGACCUUGUUGCUGGGUUGACACGCGCCCAAAGCUUUUACUCGGAGAUGAAGGACACUGUAUCCAGCCUUCAACAGAAUGUACAGACAUUCGUCCACAACAGGCGAACAGAAGGUGCACAGUUACUGAACAAUAUUGAGGAGCGCAACAAGGCGCAAGGUGCAGAUCAAGAGCAGCAAAGGAUGAAGGAGCUGAUGGAGAGAAUGUCAAUGGAGCCUUCAGGGUCGCCAGUGUCGCAAGGCGGGGGCCGCAAGAAGAGUAUCCCAGCACCUCUCUCUUCCACACCAGGCUAUCCUUCGACAUCAGGUAGUAGCCAUCCCGCAUACAACCCCGCAGCUUCACCACCCGUCACACCACGCUACCCCAUGACAACAGCACCAAGCCAGCAAUAUGCCUCUCCCCAGCAAUCCUACGGUCAGCCAUCAAACGGCUAUAACCAAUCCGCGCCACCCCGACGAGAAAGCUACCAACAACAGCAACAAUACCCCUCGCACCAAGCCCAAAACUCACAGUCCUCCUCCGGCUACAAUCCAGCAGCCCACAACCAAUACAACCCAACUUCACCCCCAGCACACCAACAAUUCUUCUCCCCUCCACACUCACAGCAGCAGCAGCCGUGGGGUCAACCCCCUGCUCAACCACAGCAAUGGGGUGGUGCCUCACAGCCAUUACCACAGGGCUACGUCCCGCCGCCGCCUCCACCGGGGCCGCCACCAAGUCAUCAGCAAGACUACAGCCACUUUAGCCAGGGGGGUUACCCGAGUGGGCCGGGUGGUUACGCGGCGCCGCAGAGACAAGGGGGGCAGAACCAGGGAGGAGCGAAUGACCCCUGGGCUGGUUUGAGUGGGUGGAAGUAG